AUGAAUACAAACCCUAUUAUAUUGAAUUUUAAAGAUACUCUUCUUCAUCAGUCAGAUAUUGAUUUGUUAAUGGGUCCUCACUGGCUGAAUGAUAACAUAAUAACAUUUUAUUUUGAAUAUUUAGAAAAAGCGGCAUAUUUGGAUGAAAAAGAUUUGCUGUUUAUCAGUCCUGAAGUGGUACAAUGUUUAAAGGCAACAAAGGGAACAGAACUAACUAUAUUUUUAGAUCCACUUGCUGCUAAACAAAAAAAAUUUGUUUUUUUGGCUUUAAACAACUGUGAAAUAAUGGAUAAAGCUGGAGGCUCACAUUGGAGUUUACUGGUUUAUAGUAAACCAGAAGAGACUUUUUAUCAUUUUGACUCUUUAAAAGGUACAAAUUAUUCACAAGCUGGAAAACUUUCUGGAAAACUGUUGAGAUAUCUGAGUUCUGAUGGAACAGGAGAUUUCAUCGAAUAUGAAUGUCUGCAGCAAACCAAUAGUUAUGAUUGUGGAAUAUAUUUAUUGUGUAAUGUGGAUUUUAUAAUAAACUAUUGUUUAAAAGAUAAUAAAGUAAAUGGCUGUGGAAUCAUUUCUGAGCAGUGUGCAAAAAAGAAAAGAUCUGAUAUUUUAAGAAUCAUAAAAAAUUUACAAUCAAAAGGAUAUUGA